AAUAAAACGAAUACAGAACAACUUAGCAACGGGGUGCUGCAUCCAGAGCAUGUUCUGGACACGAAAAACGAUCAGAAGAUGGCGCGAAAAGAAUUGAAGAGUGGAAAGAUGGGAACUGAAAAAGUGGCGGGAGACUUAGGAGACUGCAGUGCCUUGAAAAAGGAUAAUUAUUGGAUCAAUGAAGUAGAUGCACUGUUUAUGGAAGUUCUGAAAAAUCCGCGCUUGCGCAAUUUUGUUUGUGUGAACACAAAUGGAGCUGAGGUUUUGUGCGAUAUAUCGAGGUACCUGGCGUAUAUUAUGACAGCAGAGGAAGUGAGUGAGCGAUUGAGAAUGCCACUCUCCGAAGUGACCCCACAAUGCUUUGAUAUUGUUCAUGAAGAACAGGCAAAGGAGCUCUAUGGCAAGCUUGUUGCAAUGAAUGGUUUGGAACAUAUAGCCAACUCAAAGAUUCCGGAACCACCAACUUAUACAAAUGGCUGGAAAUAA